UGUGGUGUUGUUAGUAGUCUAGCAGGCUAUUAGUUAACCUACCAGCUCAAAGUUAAAAUAAGUUGACAUGCUUGCAAAAUUACUAGUCUCUUUACCAUCACAUUAAGUUAGCAGACAUUAGGCUAUUUAGACAUUAAUGAGAAUAACCUAACCUUAACAGAACUUGUCAAGUAGUCUUAACCCAACUCCAACCAUUUUAUCUACUCGCAGCCAUAUAGGCUAGACCACACACUAUUAGUAGUUAAAAUGUUGGUUACCUUAAAACUAACCUUCAUCGUACAUUGUUUAUCCUGUUUAAUUACUCAAUGCCAGGGUGAAGGGAUAAAUAGGCUAAAUGAUAGAAGGUUUGCAAAGAAAUGUCAUGCUUUUUUAAUGCAUUUUUAUAAUACAAAAUUACAGUAGUUUAUUCUGAUACAUGGUGUGGCUGCUGUUUCUUUGUUUGUUUAUUUGUUUUUGUAGUUCUGUGAUAUACGAAUGAAGAGUAAGAAAAGCAUCCUACACCAUAUCAGAAUGUCCACAAAAAGAAAGAAGACCAAGACCCCCAGAAAACCCACAGCCUUCGAGUGUUCACCUGACAUUUAUGACAAGAGCGAAGUCCAGUAUAAUGGCCUGAAAAAUCAAGGUGCCACCUGCUACCUAAACGCAGUAUUGCAAUGUCUAUUCAUGACCCCAAAAUUCAAAGAGGCAGUAAAGAGCUAUAAAGUCCCUGCAGAUAGUGGUGAAGAAAAUCUGUUGCUACAGCUACAAAAGCUGUUUAGACAGAUGUCAAAAACUCAGCCACAACUGAAGGAAUAA